UGUUUCUGAAUUACUGAUUUUUAUUUUUUGUGUGCAUUUAUCUAAAUCCCGUCCUUUAUUCUUUAAGAUUACACUGUAAAAUAAAGAUAAAUAUGAGAAACUACGGGUUUUUUCUUAGAUAAUCCUGCGAUUACGCUAUUAGUUUAUAUCAUUUAUUGUACUUAAAGUGGCCGUGCGUUCCUUUUCAAAAUGCCAGACGAAAUGGAGAAUAAAACCAUUAGAGACAGUUUAUUUAUGGCGAGGUAUUCGGCGUUCAGCCCGUAUAGGCUGAUUCGUCGCGAGAAUGGCUUUGAGAAUCCGGUCGGGGCAUCGGAUGCGAUGUCCCGAAGUUUGUAUUGUGGGAUGAAGCCCAUCGCUUCUUGGGACUACGUACAAGCCAACGCUUUGCCAACCGGUGGUGUGUUCAACCUUGAGUUUUCCCCGGAAGGGACACUACUGGUAGCAGCGUGUGAGAAGAAAUCAAUACAGAUUUUUGACCCUCUCACACACCAAAGAAUACACACAGUCAACGGGGCUCAUUCUGACUGUGUCAAUUGUGUUAAAUUUUUAGAUGGGCGCAUGUUUGCCACUUGCUCAGAUGAUACUACAAUAGCAUUAUGGGAUGUUAGAAAUUUGAAAAAGAAGAUUCGUUCUCUACUUGGUCAUUCAAAUUGGGUCAAAAACAUAGAGUUCUCUGUCAAGGACAAGCUGCUUGUCACCUCUGGAUUGGACGGAAGUAUUUACACCUGGGAUAUUAAUUCUUAUACGGAAUUCAACUUGGUGUACCAACGAGUAUUUCACGCGUCUGGCUUGAUGAGAUGCCGACUGUCUCCUAACGCUAAGCAGAUGGUGAUGUGCACUACUGGUGGCCUACUGGUCAUCAUACAUGAUCUCAACCUUUCCACAUUGGCACAGGACUUACAUGGUUUCAAGCCUAAUUUGUACCGUCUUAUGCAAAUGAGCCAACAAGUAAUUCCUAUAGCGGCCAGCUACGACCAUUUAUUUGACUUCAAGCGUACAGAGAAUAGAGUGGAGUUCGUAUCUGACUUCCCUGAUGGCAAUGAUGCGGAGGUAGUCAGUGCAUUGCAGAUUCACCCACAAGGCUGGACUGCUUUAAGUAGAAAUAUUAGCCAUGAUGAUAGAUCCGAGUGGUCGUGCAUACACGACAUCCAACCGGCAAAUGAGUUGAGCGACAAGAGCUGUCGCGACACGUCGCCACCGCCGCCCCCGGCGCCGCGUCGCGCCCCGCCCCGCCGCCCGCGCCGCCGGCCCCGCCCCUACCGCCACCCCCGCCCCGCACCGCCCGCCGCUCCCACGCCAGCCGCGGAAACGUCGGGCGAGUCGGCCGGGCCGAGUCGACGCGAACCAGCGGAGCCGGAGGCGGGCCCGAGCACUUCGCGUGGCGACGCAUCACCCCCCGCAGCGUCGCGACUUGGCCCGGGUCUCGCGAGCAUACAGAAUGACGUUUGGGAGGCGUCUAUAACGAUAAAGCAGCACAGAAUGCUGCAGGAAAUGUACAGCAGAGGUCAAGUGGGUCGCAACUUCAACAUGCAGCGGAUAAUGGGCAUCAACACGGGCAUCUCGCCGCCCGCCGCGCUCCGGCCCCGCCCCCUGCGCGCCGCCCCCGCCCGCCUCUUUCCCGCCGCGCAGCUGGUGCCCCCCGCAAGAGUCGACAGAUCGACGCAGCCGUCGACGUCGGGCAGCACGACGCGCUCGCGCGACUCGGGCUGCGAGGACGAGGUGCGACACUACAUCCGACAGAACCGCGACCGCCUGCUAUACUACAUUGAAGAGACGAACGAGGGCAAGGGCUUCAUAAAGGAGCUGUGCUACUCUGCGGACGGGCGGCUGGUGUGUUCCCCGUUCGGUCGCGGCAUGCGCCUCCUCGCCCUCAAUGACAAGUGUUCCGAGCUGUCCCACUGCGUCCGGGACCUCUCCGGACCAGCCCAGAUGGUGGACGUCGGUCAGAGCCUCGGCAUCCACCAGGACCUCGUCGUCAGCUCCAAAUUCAGCCCCCGCCACCACCUCCUCGUCACCGGCUGCUUGGAGGGCAAGAUAGUGUGGUACGAACCCUACAGCGGGGAGGCCCUGUACUAGAUACUUAAUUAUUCAAGACUGUACUAGCUUCUACGUGUAUGACUAAUGUUAUUAGACUAAUUAAUUUUGACUUUGAAUGUCCUAAUGCCUCUAUUUAUAUUGGAUGAAAUGUAUAUAAUUUGAGAAUUAGCGCUGUUGCGCAUCUAUUGCCAGCACUAUCCUCCAUCAUACAAGUACGCUGGACCUAUGAUACCUUUUGAAAUGACAGCUAUUUUUUG